AUGGCGGAAAGAUUUGUUCCUGUUAUCUCCCUGAAGGAUUUUGAUAAUCGCAAGGAGGAAAUUAUUGCACAGCUACUCAAUGCGGCGGAGUACGCUGGAUUCUUUACCUUGGUAGACCACGAUAUUACCAAGGAGGAGAUCGAAGCCCAGUUUGCGAUUUCGAAGGCUUUCUUUGACCUCUCGCCUGAGGUCAAAGCCAAGACGCCUCAUGACCCCACAACUAAUAACGGAUGGGAGUACAAGGCUCAAUUGCGCGCUAGCACUGGCACCUACGACCAGAAAGAAUCUCUCUGGCUGCGACGUCAUUCCGACUGGCCAAGCGAUGGGGAUGUCCCCGAAUUUAGUGAAUCAACCACUCAAUUCAUGAUGUCUUGCUUUGCCAUUGCCCUCGGAUUUGAGGAGGGUUACUUCAAGACCGCGAAUGAUCCAAAUCAAGCCGACUGUUUGACGCAGCUCCGCCUGAUUCACUAUCCCGCCUCUGAAAAUUCAGUGGGCACCUGGAGAGCGGGAAGCCAUACCGAUAUCGGCUGUCUGACUCUUCUAUUCCAGCGAGAUGGAGAGGACGGACUUGAAAUUUGCCCAGGCAGAGAAAGCCACUCUAGUUUUGCUAGCGGCGACGUCUUCACGCCCCUUCCUGCCGAGACCGGACCCAUUGUUGUCAAUAUCGGUGAUAUGCUCAUGGCUUGGUCGGAUGAUCGCUUGAAGUCCAACUAUCACCGAGUCCGCGCCAAGGAGGUUGGGAAGUCACCAUCUCGAUACUCAAUUGCCUAUUUCAACCAAGGCAGGCGUGACUUCGUACUCCAGGGACCAUUGAAGAAAUAUCCCCCGAUGACUGUGGGUGAAUACUUUGCCCAGUCUGUGGCUAAGAACUUUAGUCGACAGGCGACGGUAAAGGUCUGA